UGGACAAUAAAAAUGACAGCAUGUGAACAGUAGAAGAGGCGAAGUCUGGAGAGACGAGACACUGUGACACCCAAACAGCACCACAGCUGUAUAGUUAUGAAUUAUGAAUCAUAAAAUCUCUUUUAUUUUCCUCGCAGACAGCAACUUCCUCCUGGGAAACGCCCAGGGUCGCUACGGUUACCCCAUCGUGUACUGCUCCGAUGGGUUCUGCGAGCUGACCGGCUUCGUUCGCACCGAGGUGAUGCAGAAGACGUGCGCCUGCAGCUUCCUCCACGGCGACGACACCAACGACAGUGUGAUCCAGCAGGUGGACAAGGCUCUGGAGGGACAGCAGGAGUACCAGGGAGAAGUCUGCUUCUACAGGAAAACUGGAAACCCAUUCUGGUGCCUCCUGGACAUUGUGCCAAUUAAAAAUGAGAAAAGUGAGGUGGUGCUGUUCCUGUUGUCCUUUAAAGACGUCAGCGAAUCCUAUGGGAAAGGCUAUCACCACGGCCCGGGAGAUGGUAUGUCAGAAGCUGCUCACCAGAGCAGGAAAAGCGACCAGUCUCACUUUUCCCAGGCUCGAGAGAGGGGGAGGACCGUUCUGCAUCAGCUGACCAACCUGUUCACCAAGAGGGGAAACAGGAAACUGAGCGAUAGUGUGUUCCAGAAACCGUCGCUGCCCGAGUACAAGGUGGCGGCCGUGAAGAAGUCACGUUUCAUCCUGCUCCACUACAGCAUCUCCAAGGCCCUGUGGGAUUGGCUGAUUCUACUGGCGACCUUCUACGUUGCCGUCACCGUGCCGUACGACGUCUGCUUCGCCAGUCACGACAAGGGCGGCGAGCAUCACUCGCUCGUCAGCCACAGCACCAUCGGCAGCGACAUUGCCGUGGAGUUACUCUUCAUACUUGAUAUCGUCCUGAAUUUCCGCACUACCUACGUGAGUCAGUCCGGUCAGGUGGUGUACGACGCCCGGUCCAUCUACCUCCACUACUGCACCACGUGGUUCUUCGUGGAUCUGAUCGCAGCUCUGCCCUUCGACCUUCUCUACGCUUUCAACAUCACUGUGACGUCGCUCGUGCACUUGUUGAAGACAGUCCGCCUGCUGCGUCUGCUGCGCCUGUUGCAGAAACUGGACCGCUACUCCCAGUACAGCGCCGUGGUGCUGACCCUCCUCAUGUCCGUGUUCGCUCUGCUGGCUCACUGGAUGGCUUGCGUCUGGUACGUCAUCGGACGCAUGGAGAUAGAGAGCAGUGACCCCGUUACCUGGGACAUAGGCUGGCUUCAGGAGUUGGGAAAGCGUCUGGAGACGCCGUACGUCAACAGCACCAUGGGUGGUCCCUCCAUGCCCAGCGCCUACAUCGCCUCGCUCUACUUCACCCUCAGCAGUCUCACCAGUGUCGGCUUUGGCAACGUGUGCGCCAACACAGACGCGGAGAAAAUCUUCUCCAUCUGCAUCAUGCUCAUGGGUGCUCUGAUGCACGCGGUGGUCUUCGGAAACGUGACGGCCAUCAUCCAGCGCAUGUACUCGCGGCGCUCGCUCUAUCACACCCGGAUGAAGGACCUGAAGGAUUUCAUCCGGGUGCAUCGGCUGUCCCAGCAGCUGAAGCAGAGGAUGCUGGAGUACUUCCAGGCCACCUGGUCGGUCAACAAUGGCAUCAACGCCAAUGAGCUGCUGCACGACUUCCCAGAUGAGCUGCGCGCUGACAUCGCCAUGCACCUGAACAAGGACAUCCUGCAGCUGCCUGUAUUCGAGCGAGCCAGCAGAGGGUGCCUGCGCUCCCUCUCGCUGCACAUCAAGACCUCCUUCUGUGCACCGGGAGAAUACCUCAUCCGCCACGGAGACGCCCUGCAGGCCAACUACUUUGUCUGUUCGGGUUCCCUGGAGGUUCUGAAAGAUAACAUGGUCAUCGCCAUCCUGGGCAAAGGUGACCUCAUCGGGGCCGACCUCCCAGAACACGACCGGGUGAUCAAGACGAAUGCUGACGUGAAGGCGCUGACCUACUGUGACUUGCAGUACAUCAGUGUCCGGGCUCUGAGGGAGGUCCUGGGGCUGUACCCGGAGUACGGCAGCCGCUUCAGCUCGGACAUCCACCAAAACCUCACCUACAACUUGAGGGAGGGCAGCCAACCCAAUGUUCACGUUUCCAUGGACCAUAAACUACCAUAUAUAAUCGAGGCAGACGACGCAGAACACGAGGAAGACGUGGGACACUCCCGGCAGAGGAGGGUGCCUCUGCUGCAGGCAGUGGGCAGCAGCCCCGUCCAUCAGCCCCGCCUCAGCACCCUGUUGGGGGAGGAGCUCCGCCACAUCAGAGCGCUCCGCCUCUGCCGGUCACCCGUUCAGGGUGGCAGAGGUCGCAGCCCCUCCCCUCAUGCGUUCACCAGCGAGGAGCUCUCCCUGUCGCCUCUGCCCAGUCUCAACACCGACGCAGACUCGAACUGUCGGCCCGCCAAGCUGCUCAUGCCUUCCUUGCCUUGCGUCAGUCCGCUCAACCUUAGCCCCAGGGUCGUGGAUGGAAUUGAGGACAACGGUCGCACAUUUCAGUUCAAUGUAGAGCAGAGCGAAGCAAAAACUAUUGCAACAGAGCGGUUACAAGUGAGCGCCAACCUGCUUCUGGAGACUGAGGAAGUGAGACAAAACAUAAGCAAACUGAACAAAGAGGUGAAUAACUUGAACCAAGAUGUGUCCAACCUCGCCAAGGAGCUCCAUGACAUAAUGCAUUACUUACAGUCACAUAUGGCCAUGCUCCAUUAUAUCUCUCCAGUUCCCUCUUAUCCCUAUGGAAUACAGAUUCCCACACCCAGCGUGACUGCUUCCAGUGACUGGCAGCCCCAUGUCCCUUUAAACAUAGCCGCCGGGCUGCACCUCCAUCGUGAAGCGAUUAGCCACCCUUCCAGAAAUGUGUGUGGCUGCGCUGGGAUGCCCCCCCAGGGCAGAAGUCCCACCUUGCUGCACUCGUCGAGCCCCGUGUCGUCCUGUGUACACAGGUGCUGCACUGACAGAGAAGGGGCCACAGCCCACAGGCUCCAGAGCCAGUGUGGCCCCUUCCAAACUUCCCGAACAACUCCCAAUUCUCCUUACGUGACCCACUCUCAUGGUCAAGGAGGUUCCUCCCUGCUGGGCCUCAGCUCUGCGUUCGGUAGCUUCCCCGGGGUGUGUCAAGCCCCGCACGGGGCCUACAACGCCUCUGUUCCCACGAUGAGCAACUCUCGUCCCAUAUGUUCCCCGGUGAAUUCAGGCUACACCCAUCCUUCCCUGGGCGUCAUUCAAACCAACCCUGAUCCCGCACAUAAUCAGACUAGGUCUCAGACACCCAUCCAUUCCUCCAUCACUCCCACUGGCCAGCAGCAGUAUCACACCGCCUUCAGCUCUCUCAGCUCCUCAGGAGUCCACACGUCGAUAUGCACAGGGCACGUUGCACACCAACAGGGCUCCAUCAAUAGUCCUAGACCAAAUGAGCCCGUAAGAUCCAGCUCUAUCCACCACACACAGGACAGCACGUGUUCUCUGCAGGGCCAGGUAGCAGACAGAGGCUCCAGAGCUUCACUGCAUCAAGAGAGGUGCGACAAUGUGGAGGCGAGCAGCAGCACUCGAACUGUAGAAGUUCAUCCACUUCUCACAGAUAUGGGGGGAAACCAGAACCCACACUGAUGACAUCAGGAUCUUAUUAUUAUUAUUGUUAUUUUGUGGUGCUGACGAUGAUGAUGACUUUAUGAUACCUUUUUAGUGUAAAGUUUCCAUUUAAGAAAAUACCAUUUGUCCAAAUGCAUGAACAACUGUCGAAAACGCUACUGUCACAACUGAAUAAAACCGUUUCGAUCGUG